AGGAUGCGCGGGUCUUCUUGUAGCCCAGGGGCAGGUGGCAGCUGCGCUGCGUUAGUUCUUCCUGGGGACGUUCCUCUGGGCUGCAUUUCUUAGCUGGCGUCCCUUCUGGGCAGCCGGGCGUUUGCCGGGCGUUGGAACUUGCGCAGGGACAGAGUGCGGGACCGGUCCUGAGGUCCCUGCACACCCAGGAGAAGGAGUGGGUCUCAAUUCGGUUAGAUUGUGGACGCCUUCCAGUUACAGAGACGAAUUCAAGAAUUGAGUUAAUUCAGAAGUCUUUAUUGAGCGAUCAGUAGUACAGGGAAUGAAGGAUGGCAGCACGCCGCGCGUUAAAAGCUGUUUUGGUAGAUCUCAAUGGCACACUUCACAUUGAAGAUGCAGCUGUGCCAGGCGCACAGGAAGCUCUUAAAAGGUUACGUGCCACUUCUGUAGUGGUUAAGUUUGUGACCAAUACAACCAAAGAGAGCAAGCAAGACCUAAUGGAAAGACUGAAAAAACUGGAGUUUGAUAUCUCUGAAGAUGAAAUAUUCACUUCUCUGACUGCAGCCAGAAAUUUGGUAGAGCAGAAACAAGUCCGACCCAUGCUGCUGGUUGAUGAUCGGGCCCUACCUGACUUUAAAGGAAUACAAACAAGUGAUCCUAAUGCUGUGGUCAUAGGACUGGCACCAGAACAUUUUCAUUAUCAAAUUCUGAAUCAAGCAUUCCGGUUACUCCUGGACGGGGCGCCUCUGAUAGCAAUCCACAAAGCCAGGUAUUACAAGAGGAAGGAUGGCUUAGCCCUGGGGCCUGGACCAUUUGUGACUGCUUUGGAGUUUGCCACAGACACCAAAGCCACAGUCGUGGGGAAACCAGCACAAACGUUCUUUUUGGAGGCAUUGCGGGGCACUGGCUGUGAACCCGAGGAGGCCGUCAUGAUAGGAGAUGAUUGCAGGGAUGAUGUUGGUGGGGCGCAGAAUGUCGGCAUGCGGGGCAUCUUGGUGAAGACUGGGAAAUACCGAGCAGCAGAUGAAGAAAAAAUUAAUCCAGCUCCUUACCUGACUUGUGAGAGCUUCCCUCAUGCUGUGGACCACAUUCUGCAGCAUCUGCUGUGAACCAUCAUGCGAAUCAGAAGCAACCUGAAACGCAGCUUUUCAUCAUCUGGAAUGAGUCCCUGUGCUGUGAGAGCCACCACAGACAGACAGACCCCUCAGCGCUGGUCGCGAUUGCGCCGUAACUAGGAGGGGUAUUGAGCUGCAGCCCGGCACUAAGCCUUGCUGGUGCCUUUUGUUUUACUUUGUAAAAGAAGAUGAGACCCAAAGAAAGGGAGAGCUGAGAUUCUGUGCCAUUCUUUCUAAAAUAUUCAUCAGGUUCACAGGGCUGGAGGGAGAGUCUGCUGCAGGGAGCCUUACCCUCUGCUGUCUGCUCCCUGGUAAAGUGGGGGUGGGGUGGGGUUCAGGCUGUGAAUUAAACGCAUUAAAGGGUGCAUUAGGCUAUAGUUUUAAUGUUGAGUUCAACUGUGAGAUCCAUUAGAAGUGCCAAGUGGGGUGCAGGACAGAAGCAGCAAAAUGAAUUGUCCUUUAGCCCAAGCCAUCAAGUGAAUUUGCUUUAACAGAUGUUGAAAACUAGAUUAGCUACUGUGUUAUUCCCAGCACGGGUGACUUCUUUUUCUCUUCAUUAGCCAGAGAUGACUAAUUUAAAUUUAGAACCUGAUUUUAAUUUAAAAUAAUAUUUCCAUUAAUAACCUAUUCAUUGCAGAUACCUAUUACACUGUGUAACAGUUGUUUUGGAAAUUUUAUGUAAAAUUAAAACUAUCAGUAUUUUACAGAUGUUUUAAUUAGACAUUGUUAUUAACAGGAACAGUGCAGAAACUAAAAUCAAGCUUUUAAUGUCUUAUAGACCAUGCAUUUUUGAGGUUAGUGUCCACCAGGGUCCAAUUAACUGUACAUUUGCAGGAUUUCAUUAUUUUUGCCUCUGACACUGUGGGAGAAAUCUUUCAGAAGCUACUGGGACAGAUUCAGGCUUUUAUGCACUUGGUUACUACAGCUGUAAAAUGAAAUCUCGUCCUGUAGCAUGGAUUAUUCUUCUCGUGUCAAGCCCACCAGAAUGAGGGGGACUAAGUAAGUAAUGAUUUUCCCAGUCAUUUGCAUACCGUGAUGAUCCUGGGCCUUUGCAAUUGUCUUACAGGGCUCGUGGGCAUUGAAUUGUUAGCACGUGACUGUGCAUCGCUGUAGUGUUCACCUUAUUGAAGUGCACGGUGUUAAUGAGCUUCGGGUUUUGAUGCUUGUUUAGAGAUCAGCUUGGUCUUGGAUGGGAGGGAGCAAAGCGAAAUAAAUGGCAGCUCCCUCUUUUUGGUC